UCUCUCGACAAGCAGCAGACCUAAACGCACAAAUCAUCAUGUCUGGAAGAGGUAAAGGAGGAAAAACUAAGGGCAAGUCAAAGACCCGUUCAUCCCGUGCUGGGCUCCAGUUCCCAGUUGGUCGUAUCCACCGACUUCUCCGCAAAGGAAACUACGCCGAGCGUGUUGGUGCCGGAGCUCCCGUCUACUUAGCCGCUGUCAUGGAAUACUUGGCCGCUGAAGUUCUCGAGUUGGCUGGUAACGCCGCUCGUGACAACAAGAAGACCAGGAUCAUCCCACGUCACUUGCAACUUGCUAUCCGUAACGAUGAAGAAUUAAACAAGCUUCUCUCUGGUGUCACCAUCGCCCAAGGAGGUGUCCUGCCCAACAUCCAAGCUGUACUUCUGCCCAAGAAGACCGAGAAGAAAGCUUAAGUUCACUUUCUCCAUUCGUCUCUUCACUUUAAAACGGCCCUUUUCAGGGCCACCAAAU